UCGCCUUCCACGAUAACUAUCGUGAAAAGGGGACCACCUUCCAUCGAUACAUAUCGGAAGGGCGUAGUCGGCCGGUCCUACAGCCGACGCCUUCCACGAUAGCACAGCGAUUCUCAUGGAUGGUGACAUACGCUGGCUGAUCAGGCGGGGUCACCGCCCCAGGGUAUGCUGGGAAACCCAAAACCAACGCCGCGCUCGGCUUCGGUCUCAAAUCACCACCACAGAAUGAAACAUGGGAAAAGCCAGAGGCAAAGCAAGCACUUUCGGUGUGAAAGGCAGAAAGUGACGGCAAGGACUGUGAUCUUUGACGACAGUCCAGCUCCAAAGAGAUCCGUGAUACGUGUCCCCAUACCAUUUGACAGUACACAUACAUUGCCCCAACAUCCUUGUCCCAGCACAGCAGCAGCUGCUGUUGACACCUUAUUCCCACCACAAGAUGAACCGGAGCUAGCCCCGCCACAAACUCGCACUACAUAUUCAAAACAGAAGAUAGCUACGCAGGAAUCCUGGAACAAUGUCAGAGACGACCUGUUCAACACAAGUGUUGAGAUGGCAGUGCCCAUCUCCUACACUUGCACCAUCUGUCGAAUGGAAGAGGAGUGCCUGAUAUUCCGGUGUAGGGAGUGUGGACCUGCAGCCAUGUUCUGCAUCGAGUGCCUGCGGAAGCAACAUGAAAAACUGAACUCCUUCCAUAUGCCGGAUAAGUGGGAGGGGAGCUACUUCCGUCCAUACCAACUCCACCACACCAUGCAGUUACCUCAUCAUGCUUCCUGUACAACAAGGCUAC